AUGUUGUGUUUUGGAGAGAGAGAAAAGGAGAUGCCUGGGGAGCAGAUAGGGCACAGAGCCACGCUGCGUAACACAAGCAAGAAGCUGGAAGAUUUCACUGAUGAUAAAGAGAGGGCUGUCAAACGUGGUUCUCUGAUCAUUCACAGUGCGGGCAACCCGCUGCGCCAGAGCUUUCCUGGGUGGGUGUUAAAGCUGGAGCUGAAGGGCUCCUCUCAGCUGGUGGUGGAGGGACACGCAGACUUCCAGAGAUGGGGCCAAGCCCCCGCCAUGGAGCAGAGAGACCCUUCCCCUCCUCCUCGCCCCGGAGACAGGGCUCGCCUGCUGGAGGAGCGCUUAUCCAGCCAGGAGAGGACCACGGCUUUCCUCCUCCGUCAGGCUUUCCGGGUCAAAGAUGACAUCGUCUCCUACCUCCAGGGAAGCAGAGGUUGUCAGCAUGAGGAGACUGCUGCCCGGCAGCUGCUGGAAAACCACAUCCAGACCAUCACGAGCAUCGUGAAAAAGCUCAGUGAGGACAUUGAGGUUUUAGAGAGGCAAAUAAGAGCAAGGGAUGGUGCCACAGUGGAAACUAAUUUUGCUGUUCAAACCCUGGACCAUAAAUACAUCCAGGGUCUUGGAGACCUGCGUGGAAGAGUGACAAGAUGCGAGGCGAGCGUGGCGAAGCUGGCGGCGGACAUCAGUGUCGUCAGGCGUGAGGCACAGAAGACUGACAAAGAGGUUUAUGGCCUUCACUCUGCCCUCAAAAACUGCGCUGCCGAUUUCGAGAAGAAGGUGAUGCAGCUAUUAGGCAAGAUAGAGGCUUCCAACUCUGAUCAAAGCUCGAAUUUAAAGGCAAUCCAGGGAGAUCAACAUCACGAAUUGCAACUUCUGGAUUUCAAGUUGACAAGUGUUCUAAGUGACUUCAGGGAUCAGAUGCAGACUCAUCGGAAGUGGACGGAAGUGCAGCUGACCCGGUCUGAAGAAGACCAAGUCCAGCGCAGGCAUCAGCUGCUUGACUGGGUGAAGGAGGGGCUGGAAAGAGCAGAAAAAAGAGUAGAAGAAAAGCUCCUACGUCUGUCACUAAAGCUAGAACGAAUGGAUGAACCCCAAAAAUACGAAAAGCAGUUGAACCAGAUGAAAAGUGGUGAAAAAGACCUGCGUGCAAGAAUCACCAGAUUUGAAAGACGGGUCUGGAAGGAGCUUGAGGAAAUGCAGAAUGAGUACAGAUCAGGAUUUCGAACCAUUCACGAGUCUCUGGAGCUGCUCAAACAAAUACAGAACACAAGGCUGAAACUUGAAAAGAAAAUUCAUAAAGACAUGAAAAAGAUACAGUGA